AUGGAGCCAAACGCAAGGACGGCGGAGACAAGAUAUAAUUUAACGACGUUGGACGGGGAUGAAGUUACGACGUUCGAAUCACUCCAAUUCACCGAUGAAAUCCACCGUUUGAUUUCGGCUCCGCCAACUGAUAACGCCAGUUCCUUCACGGCUCUGCUUGAACUACCGUCUCCACAAGCAAUUGAGCUUCUUUACUCUUCUGAAUCAUCGAAGCUUAUCCCUUCUUUGCCUCCGAACGUUGAAGAUUUCAAAGACAACUUCCAUUUUGCUUUGAAUACUUGUUUGAUUGAACGAGAUGCGAGGUUUUCUACAGAAGUUAAUAACAACAAUGAGAGUGAGAAGAGUAAGUCACAUGAGUCGAAAAAAUUAAGCACGAAUCUUGAGAAGGCGAUAAAGAGUGAGCCGGCGGAGACUGAGUCAUCCCAAUCGUUGGUUUCUGAUCCAACAUUAGACAAGCAGAAUAUCAAGAGAAAUGAUGGAGAAAAUAAGGUUAAAGGGUCAACAAAGAAAAGCAAAACUGCGGUGAAUGAGAGCUCAGAGAACGCCCAGAAGUUGCCUUACGUUCACGUGAGAACAUGUCGGGGACAAGCAACGGAUAGCCAUAGCCAUAACUUUUUUAUAUAUUAA